GACCUUUUUUAUGUUGAAAGUUUCUAUUUCAAUUUUGGAGAACUCCUGAACUAAGUACUGUAUUUCGAUAAAAAUUAUGGGCGAGCUUAAGAAAGUAUGAGGUAAGUACUUAGCAGUGUUUUUAAAACCAGCGAGCAAGCUUCGGACCAGUGGGUGGGCGGUCCGGGUCUAAUGCCUUGUCAAGUACAGAGAAUUAGUACCCUACAAGGAGAGAGGAUUCCACAUGGAGGUGAACUCUAGGGGUAGGGGGGUGAUAGGGGAUGGAGGCCUUGAGAUGGGAGGUCUUGUUUUCCAGAAAGUAGUUACGACUUUUGAUCUUGCUGGAGGCCUGCUUUUGGGCGUAGACUUUCCUGUGGUAGGUUCUUUUUCUCCUCUGGCUAAUGACACUUCUGGUUUGGGGGAGUGGGCCAAAUGGGGAUGGGGAUUACCCUACGUCCCUGAAGUUAAGAUUGUGGGGAGAAUAGGGUAGUGUUUUUUCUUAGGGAUAAGGAGGCUGCUAACGGGGCGCUUGUCAAUCAUUUUUGUCGAGUUAGAGGUAAACUCUUAUCUUUGGAUAGGUUGAAACCUUCUCAUUCUUCUUUUCUGAGCAAGGAGAGCAAGUGGAUCAGAUUGUGGGGUGUCCCCUUGGAUGCUUGGAAUCUAGAGGUUAUUCGCAAUUUGUUGAGCAUUUGUGGUGAGUUUUGUGAUAUUGAUAAGGAAUCCUUUCUUUAAUGAUUCAGACUUGAGAUUUGUUAAGAGUUCGAAUUUGGAAGCUGGUUGGGUCUAGUGUUCCGAAGUAAGCGAGAUUGCAGGUGGGUCAAGAAAACUUUGCUAUUCAAGUGUCCAGUGAGGAAGGGGAGAGGCUUGUACCAUACUCCAGCCGGAGGUACGAAAGAGGAGGAGGAGUGGUCUAUGGUAUCUCAUUCUUGGCCUAAUCAGCGGUGGUGGUGGACAAAGGUUCGGGUCCGGUGGUGGCUACUCGGAAACAGUCUAGGGGAUGUGGCAAUCGGAGAAGGAAUAGGCAGUUACGUCGUAACGGAAGCAAAGUUUUAAAAUUCAAAAAGUGGGUUGUUAUUGGGAGGUUUCCUACUUAGACGCAAGGAUUUUCGGUGAAUACUAUGUUGAAAAUCUCAAAAGAUCUGGCUGUGGGCCCAUCAUCUUUCGGUACUCCUGACGGUGCACUUGCAUGGCCUUAUCCUCUUAAUCGUAAGAUCUCUGCUGUGGCGGCGGAUCUGUGUCAGGUGUACCUUCCCUACCUUUGGUUGUGCGCGCAGCAUUGGGAGUUGUGGAAGCCGCUCCACCUUUACCCCCCAAAGGAAAGAUUUCCUACCCUGUCUAGGAAAUCUCGUGCAGAGGACCCAUUGUUGGAUAUUUCUAGGCCUUCCUUCUCUGAUAAAUCGAGCGAUGUAUCCAUUGCCGUACCGUAAAGCAGCAAGGAGGAGCAUUUCUCAACAGAGACCAUCCUUUGAUCCCCUUAAUGUUGAUCCUCUCGCUAUUGUGGCUCUGGAUGAAGUAGAGUUAGACCCAAUAGAUGAUGUUGAUGAAGUGAUACUGGAGGUUGGUGAAAUAGAGGAACAGGUUAUGGAGGAGUUUGAGGAGGAUCCUGAGUUGAUUGAUGAUGGUGAUGCUGAAGAAGCUGUUGAAGAUGAGCCCAUACCGGAUGAUAGCUCGAUGGACUUUGACCCUGCGAUGGCAUUCGUGGAGGUGGUUUCUUCACCAUUACUCUCUGUGGUCCAUCAGGACAGUGCUCCUGCAAUGCUUUUUACCUCAUUAGAAGUGACCCAAGAUGCAUCUGGAAGGCCUACUUCUGAUGUUGAGGGUGCGAACUAGGAUUCUGUAGAGGGUAAUGUUGCUAACAUGGCUGAUGGCAUGGGCAUGGACUGUGAUGUCCCAAUCGGGGUUGUCUUUUUAGGAGAUUAUUGAUCAGAAGAGGGAGGCUAAGAAAAUGGUUUCGAAGGAUCAUAGCAAGCAGCCGGUCAAGUCUGAUGAUAAAACCCCAAUUAAACCGGAUGGUAAAGCAUCCAAGGGGAAUCUUAGCCCACUAGAUCAUUGCCUAGGCUUCUGGCUAGGGAAUUAUUCUUGGAGGUACAGCAUCUGUAGCAGUGGCUAUUCUUGAAGCUACUGUUGUGUAGGUGACCAGUGGAUCUUCGUCAAGUUCACACUCUUCGUCUAUGGAUGAAGCACUAGAGGAAGCGAUGGAGGAGACUAUUCUACUUAAAGAGGUGUAUUUUGGCACUCACUAGCAGGGAUGGUCCAGGUUCUUUGUCUUACUUUUUAAUGUCUAUUAUUUCAUAGAAUGUAAAGGGUUUGGGCGACCCCAAGCGAAAAAAGAUGUCCUUUUUUUUGGUUGGCAAGUAUAAGCCAACAAUGCUUAUUUUGCAGGAGACUAAACUUCCCAGACCUAGUAUUUCUGGUGCUCGGGAAGUUUGGGACUUUGGUUCAAUUGAUUUUGUGGGGUUUGACUCUGCGGCGGCCUCGGGUGGCCUAUGGAUUUUGUGGGACUCAACAGUCUUGCAGUCUUUUGAGGUUGUGGUUAAGGAUUUCUUUUUGGUGUUGGGCUUUUUGGGACCCUCUCCGGGUUUUCAAUGGGGUUUAAUGAAUGUGUAUGGGCCUCAUCCUAUUUCUCUUAAGGAAGGCUUUGUUAGUGACAUGGAUGCUGUUUUGUGUAACUUUAAUUAUCCUAUUUUCCUAGGAGGGAUUUCAAUUUUAUUCGCUGGCUAGAUGAGGCGAGCUCAGGGGGACCAAUUAAGUCGGCCAUGAGACUUUUCAAUAGGUUUAUUGAGCCUCAUGCUUUAAUCGACCUUCCUAUCUCAGGGGCUGUUUAUACGUGGUCUAAUGGGAGCAUCUCUAAUCUAUUCAUGUCAAAGUUAGAUAGAUUUCUUAUUUCAGGGGACUGGUCUGAUGCUUUUCCCCUCGCCUCUGUCAAAGCGUUACCUUGGCUGUCCUCAGAUCUUACCUCCAUUAUGCUGAGUUUUAGAGCUGUUUCUUAGGGACCUAAGCUUUUUAGGUUUGAGAUUGGUUGGUUACAUGAAAAAGAAGUAACUGAUAUCAUUAGAAAUACAUGGAAAAACACCAUCUCAGUUGGGUCCCUUGAUUUCCAAUUACAUAAAAAGCGCCUAAGUAUAAAGCAUAGGCUUAUACAGUGGAAGACAGAUAAGAGAUAUAGCAUCAGAGGUAAGAUGGAGGAGGUUAGUGCGGAAAUCGAGUUGAUUGAUUCCAAUAUCCAAAAUGAAGGUGAUAUAGCAUCAGAGGUAAGAUGGAGGAGGUUAGUGCGGAAAUCGAGUUAAUUGAUUCCAAUAUCCAAAAUGAAGGUGUGCUCUCAGAGCAAGUUGCUUUGCAUAGACUUGAUAAACUUAAAAUACUACAGGAUCUAAGAAGGGUGGAAGAAGUACAUUGGAAGGAAAGAUCGAGAAAUAGAUGGCUUAAAUAAGGAGAUCUUAAUACUAAAUUUUUCCACGCUAUUGCAAGUGCUCGUAAUAGGCAGAAUGACUUAUCAGGGAUGUUAAUUCCUAGUGUCGAGCCAGAUGAUAAUAAUGGAACGGUAGAUUAUGUUAUUAGCCAUUUCAAGAGAGCUUUAACGUCUGAGGUGAAAUUCACACCUCGCUUAGGUCGUGUUCCAUUCAAAUCCUUGUCGGUGGAAGAAGCAUCUCGAUUGGAAGUUGGUGUUUCCAUGGACAUAGCUAUGUUCUCUUUGCCAGGAGAUAAGGCCCCUGGCCCUGAUGGUUUUCCAGUUAUUUUGUUCCAUAAAUUUUGGGGGUUGAUUUCUAUUGAGUUGUUGGAGAUGGUAAGAGGAUUCUUUAACAUAAGUGAAAUUUUUAAGGGGGUUAACGCUACUUUCAUUGCGCUAAUUCCUAAGAAAUCGGUGAUUGCUAGUUUGGGGGAUAUUAAACCUAUUAGUCUUUUGACUAGUUUGUACAAGAUAGUGGCUAAGAUUCUUGCACAGAGAUUAAAACUUGUCCUUUCUUUGGUUUUCUCUGGACCUCAAUCAGCCUUCAUCAAAGAUCGGAUUAUCACAAAUAGUGUAUUGAUUGCACAUGAAUGUGUUCAUUCAAGGGUGUUAAGUGGUAAUCCAGGCCUACGAUAGAGUGGAGUGCCGGAUCUUGAAGAAUAUGAGUUUUGGUGAUAAGUGGAGAAGCUGGAUAUAUGGGUGCUUAUCUUCGGCUCAUUCACAAUCCUUUAUAAAAGCAGUCUGUGUGGUUUCUUUAGUACCUCACCGGGAUUGAGACAAGGUGAUCCCCUAUCACCAUUUUUGUUUACU